AGAAAACUGAUGUAUUCUGUUGAUUAAACUCAGUUUUCCCAUUCUCACACUGUCAUGCUGUUAAACUGAACAUCUCUGGACAUGGUCUCAGUUUGAGUCCUCCCCUUCCUUUUUAAGGUCUAUAUUUAGACGCAGCAGGACAAGUUGUUGGUAUCAGACCCUUCAUGUUGACUAUCCUGGAACAUUAACAGCUCCCUCCAGAAAAUCAAGGAACUGAAAGUGAUUUUCUGACUCAGAGAGGUUACAGGAAGUUACUUCGGUCUGUUUUGCAACUCCACGCGUUGGAUUGUGCAAAGAGAAGGGUUUGAUCAUUCACGCUGAGGUGAUGGGGGACGAGAAAACCACAGGGAGAGUUCCUCUCGUUGAAGAAACAAAGGUGAAGCUGCUUAACAACACCGAGGCCUCACUGGAGCUCGAUGGCAAUGUCGACUAUGGCAUCGCGGGGUCAAACUCCAUCUACUCUGCGAUCCUGAGCAGGAAUGAGGCCGUCAAAGAUGCAAAGCGUCUGAAGACCUUCUUAGAGCUGCGAGACAAGUACGUGAAGAAGAAUGUUGUGUUCGAAGACCCCCUGUUCCCCGCAAACGACUCCUCGCUCUUUUACAGUCAGAAACCUUCGAUGAAGUUUGAGUGGAAACGUCCCUCGGAAAUCUGUGAAAACCCUCAGUUUAUUGUGGAUGGAGCCAACAGAACGGACAUCUGUCAGGGAGAGCUGGGUGACUGCUGGCUGCUCGCCGCCAUCGCCUGCCUGACGCUGAACGAGAAGCUGCUGUACAGAGUCAUCCCUCCAGAUCAGAGCUUCACAGAAAAUUACGCUGGGAUCUUCCACUUUCAGUUUUGGCGUUACGGAGAAUGGAUCGACGUGGUCGUGGACGAUCGCAUCCCCACCUGCAACAACCAGCUGGUUUUCACCAAAUCUUUCAGGAAGAACGAGUUCUGGAGCGCUCUGCUGGAAAAAGCCUACGCCAAGUUGCACGGGUCUUAUGAGGCACUGAAAGGUGGGAACACUCUGGAAGCCAUGGAGGAUUUCACCGGUGGGGUCACUGAGUACUUCGAGUUGUCCGAGGCGCCGGCGGACCUCUACAGCAUCAUGAAGAAGGCUCUGCAGAGAGGCUCGCUGAUGGGCAGCUCCAUAGAUGUUUCUGCAGGCAAAGAAAUGGAGUCCCGGACCGAACAUGGUCUGGUCAGGGGCCACGCUUACUCCAUCAUCGCUCUGGAAGAGUGUGACGAGGUCUCAAAGGACACCAAGAUCUGCUUGAUUCGGUUGCGCAAUCCCUGGGGUUGGGUUCUCUGGAAGGGACCCUGGAGUGCCAACUCGAAGGAGUGGUCGACCAUCUCCACUGCAGACAGGGAGAACCUGAAGAAACAGACUGUAGAGACGAGUGAGUUCUGGAUGUCCUUUGAUGAUUUUAAGAGGAGUUUCACCAAGCUGGAGAUGUGUAACCUGACGCCCGACACGCUGCAAGGCGACGAGAGGCACAGCUGGACGGUGUCGGUCCACGAGGGCCGCUGGGUGAGAGGCAGCUCUGCUGGCGGCUGCAGGAACUUCCCAGACACGUUUUGGACAAAUCCUCAGUAUCAGCUCCAGCUGUACGAGGAGGACGACGACCCAGAGGACGGGCAGGUGGUCUGCACGGUGGUCGUGGCUCUGAUGCAGAAAGGACGCAGGAUGCAGCGUCACAAAGGGCUCAACUUCCUCACCCUUGGGUUUUCCAUCUAUGAGGUGCCAAAAGAGCCGGAAGGACAGAAUCAGCAUCUGCAGAAAGACUUCUUCCUCUACACGGCCUCCAAAGCCAAGUGCAAGUCCUACAUCAACCUGCGGGAGGUGACGGAGCGUUUCCGGCUGCCUCCCGGAACCUACGUCAUCAUCCCCACGACCUACAACCCCCAUGAGGAGGGCGAGUUCAUCCUCAGGGUCUUCUCUGAGAAGCAGAACAUGUCUGAAGAAACAGAAAGCACCAUCGACCAAAUACAGAAGAAGAAAAGUAAGCCCAUUGUGUUUGUGUCGGACAGAGCACGGGUCAACAAAGAGCUUGAACAUGAUGGCAUUCAGGGGGAGAAGAAGAAGAAGAAGAAACCAAAGCUGAAGCUGCUCCAGCCCGAGGAGGAGACCGAAGAGGAGAAGAACUUCAGGGCCAUUUACCAACAGAUUGCUGGUGAGGAUAUGGAGAUCUGCGCCAACGAGCUGAAGACCAUCAUGAACAACGUUCUCUCUAAACAUAAAGAAAUAAAAUCAGAGGGGUUCAGCCUCGAGACGUGUCGGAGUAUGAUCGCCCUGAUGGACACCGAUGGAUCCGGGAAGCUGCACUUCCAGGAGUUCAAACACUUGUGGAAAAAGAUCAAGGAGUGGCAGCUCAUCUUCAAACGGUUCGAUAAAGACAAACGCUCCUCCAUCAGCAGCUUUGAGAUGAGGAACGCGGUCAACGAUGCAGGGUUUCACCUGAACAAACAGCUGUACGACAUCAUCGCCAUGCGCUACGCGGACGAACGCCUCAACAUCGACUUUGACAGUUUCAUCUGCUGCUUCGUCCGACUGGAGGGCAUGUUCCGAGCUUUUAAUGCUUUCGAUAAAGACGGAGACGGAUUAAUUAAACUCAACGUCCUGGAGUGGCUUCAGCUGACCAUGUACUCUUAGAUGAUUUCAUCCAAGACAGCGGCUCACUUCACCCCAACGUCUGAUGUGACUUAAACUCCCAAAAAUUAUGAAAAUCAUAGUUUUUUGCACCAUUAUUGAGAGUCGCCUUCUGUGAAUAGAAGCUUAAAGCUGACAAGACUCUCAGGAAAUAUGUUAUAGUAUUUAAAACAAAUCAACUUUCCCUCCUUUAUAAAGUUCAUUUUUUAAGUUAUAUUCUGCACAAAAGCUGAAAGAAAUUUUUAUUUUUUAUUGCUAUACACCUGCAGUAGAUAUUAAACAGUCUACACGGAAAACACACAAACUGAGGCAAAACCAUAAAA